AUGAGGUCGAAGGGCGAGCGGUUGCGGAGGAGGCGCUCCGCCGGAAGCCGUUUGUCGACCGGUUCUGCUUCGGAGCUGCAGCAAUACUCGGAGCUGUUACAUGCUUCACCAACCAAUCCUUACGCGCCGUUUGACUCGAAGAUUGACUGGGAGGUUGCACGAUGGGCGAAGCUACGAGGUCCCGGCUCAAAUGCUAUGACAGAGCUGCUGAAGAUCGAAGGGGUUUGUGACUCGCUUGGGUUGUCGUUCAAAGACACGGACGCGUUGAAUAGAAUGAUUGACAAUCUUCCUGGACGGCCUGCUUUCAAACGCGAGGAAGUCGUGAUAGCCGACGAAGCAUUUGAAGUAUACCACCGAGAUGUAAUUGAAUGCAUUCGAGCCUUAUAUGGCGACCCCGAGUUUGCGAAGGACCUCAUUCUGUUGCCAGAGAGGCACUAUGCCGAUGCCGAUAAGACGAUCCGUAUGUACUCUGAUAUGCAUACUGGAAAAUGGUGGUGGAACACUCAGAAAGCUGUCGAGAGGGAGACGCCAGGGGCCACAAUAGUCCCCGUGAUCAUCUCCUCGGACAAGACACAGGUGACAUUGUUCGGUAACAAGACUGCAUACCCAAUAUAUAUGACCAUUGGGAACCUUCCGAAGGAGAUUCGACGCAAGCCCUCUCAGGGCGGGCAUGUUCUGCUCGGGUAUCUUCCCACAACACGGCUGGAACAUAUCGUGAAUAAGGCGUCUCGCCGUCGCACUCUCGCGAACCUCUUUCAUUCAUGCGUCAGCCGGAUACUACGUCCGCUGAAGAAGGCUGGAGAGUUUGGAGUGCCGAUGGCAAGCGGCGACGGUAUAUAUCGCCGCCUGCACCCUAUUUUUGCCACGUUUGUUGGUGAUUAUCCCGAGCAGUUGCUGGUCACGGGCAUCAAAACAGGCGAGUGCCCAAAAUGCCCGGUUCCUCAUAAUGAACUGGGUGAAUAUGGGGACCGAGACAAGUUGCGCGAUAUCGAACAAGUUCUGAAUGCCCUUUCCAGUAUUACGGAUGGGAACCCUCUUGUCUUCGUGAAAGCCUGCGCUGCCGCCGGGAUUAAACCUGUGCAGCAUCCAUUCUGGGAAGGCUUACCGUACGUGGAUAUCUUCCAGACCAUCACACCGGACAUACUGCAUCAGCUCUAUCAAGGUGUUAUGAAGCACAUCAUCAGCUGGGUGACGAAGGCUUGUGGCGCGGCUGAGGUUGAUGCGCGCUGCCGCCGCUUUCCACCAAAUCAUAGCAUACGCCUCUUCACUAAAGGAAUCAGCACGCUGUCCAGAGUUACGGGUCGGGAGCAUUCACAAAUGUGCCAAAUUCUUUUGGGUCUUGUUGUCGAUGUCUGUUUGCCCGACGGCCACUCGACUGCGACCCUAAUCAAAGCUGUUAGGGCUAUCCUGGACUUCUGCUACCUCGCCCAAUACCCUGCUCACACUGAUGAGACACUAAACCAUCUUGACGAAGCAUUACAACAGUUCCAUCAGGCGAAGCAUAUAUUUGUUCUUCUCGGCAUCCGGAGUGAUUUCAAUAUACCGAAACUACACUCUCUCCUCCAUUACAUCGCCUCGAUUAAGUGCUUUGGCACGACGGACAACUACAAUACGGAGUACACCGAACGCUUGCACAUCGACUUCACCAAGGACGCCUAUCGUGCGACAAACCACAAAGAUGAAUAUCCGCAAAUGACAAAAUGGCUGACACGUCGUGAAAAGGUCCUUCGCCAUGAGAAGUAUAUCAAAUGGCGUGUUGCUGGCUGCCCGCCACCUGACGUUCCACAGACCGACGGCAUGCCUGACCCGCGUGACCUGGGCUCACGUCCACACCUGCGAAUGACCCGUCAUCCAACCGUAAAGGCUGUCCCAGUAUCUACCGUGAAACUCCAGUAUGGUGCUCAAUUUUUUGAAGCUGCCUUUGCUCGUUUCGUGGUUCAGUACCAUGAACCAAGAUGGACCGCUUUUCAGGUUGAACAGGCGGCUGCAAACAUAUACCUCCCAUUCCAGCGUCUCCCGGUGUUCCAUAAGAUCAAGUUCUGGAUCAAGGAUCCAUUUCACCGUGGACUUGGUUCAGAGACAUCGGACGCCGUCCACUGCUCGUCAAUCUGGGCGUAG